GAAGGUUCUCAUGGAAAAUGCAUUCCGCUCAGGUCAUUGGCCAUCAGACAAUCCACAACUGCCAUACGGAGAACAAAGCAAGGGAACUUUUUUUAACCUGUUUUAUAAGGAACAUUCAUCUGUGGUCAAUAUAACCACAUCAACCUGUUUCAUCUGUGGAUAUUGGUUGGAGAGGAGAAGGAGACGAGGGACAGUGGAGGAGAUUGUGGAAUAUCAAAUAAACACCUAAUGUAAAAACACCAUAAUGGAACAAUUCAAACUCAGUGGGAGUGGAGGAACGAUGGCUCUCUACCUCCAUUACCUGCUGCAGUAGAGGGGUUGAUGAGAGGCAGUUGGAAUAUGAGGAUGGACCCCAGGGAUACCUACCCUACUACCAGGGUCUGUCUCCUGACAGAAUGUCCUUGGUGGAUGAGAUGGAAGAGGAGUGCUUGUACACUGAGGAGGUUUUUGCCUGAUGUAUGGAAGCCUCUGGUGCCAUUACUCAGCUUUAGUGCAAUGCUAUUGGUCAUGGUGUUGUAUGCCCUGGCAGAUCGGCUCCGCAGCUUUGUUGCUGAUAUCUUCAUUCCCCAGUACCACUACCCGUUUGCUGUACCAAUCACAUUUGUCCAGGUGCUGGUGACUCUGCUAUACUUGCUGCUCCUCCAUGCCAUGGGCCUAGCACCACUGAAGCCCUACUCUUUGUCUCUGGGUGAACGCCUGCUGGUGCCUUCUAUUUGUGGCAGUGCCCAAGCUGUGUUGGGUGUGUGGGCAGAGGCCAGUGCCCACUCUGGCAUGUAUGCCCUCACCAUGCGCCUGCUGCCCCUGCUCUGUGUGGGCUGGAGUCACGGCCUGCGGCUGGCAGUACCACCAUCAGUCCACCUAACGAGCCUUAUCACGGUCAUCACUUUGACCUCCGUCACUAUCACAGCGUCUCAGGGUCUCCCGUCAGUGGAGGUUCUGGAGUGUCUCUACGCCCCGCUGGCCCUCCUUCUCCAUAGCCUCUCUUUGACCUGGCUGGCCAAGGUGGCUGAGACCGAGCGCCAGCGCCACAGCAGCUCCCACACCUCGCCUUUUGACCUGUACUUCACCCUGAUGGUGAACCAGAGCCUGGUGCUUGGCUUCCUGUGCCUGCUGCACCCAGAGGGCCCCCGGGCACUGGGCGAGGGUAGCUGGCACAGCCUGCUCUUCAUGGGCUACCUGCUGGCAAUACUGCUGCUGGGAGCUCUACAGCACCUCUUGGUGGACAUGGCUGCUCUGACCUACUCACCGCUGGCUGCAGCGCUACUCCACACGGCACACAGAUUAACAAGACCGUUGUACAGCCUGUUGUAGAUGAUCCAACAUGUAGGAGGAUGAAGUUGACCCUAGAGACUAGUCAGAA